UAGGCAGCCACUGCCACACAACCUCAUCAAUUUGUGUGGCAAAGAAUUUAGAUAGUCUAGCUCUCAAAUCCUCUUCUUCUCUUCCAUCCAAUCCUCUCAGACUGAUCUUAGACGCAAACACAUCCUAAUCACAAAAGCGGUGACCAUGGCAAACAUGAUUAUGGCUUCCACAAAACCUCUGGUUCCAGUCUGCACCAGUUCCCGUUCCCCCACACCAAAACUCCCCAUUCUCCAAAUUUCACUCCCCAAAGCCCCAACCUUGAAACUGAAACUCCCAAUUUCAAAGCCCCAGAUGCUGUCCCUCCUGGGAGGGAUAGCACCACUGGUCUUGGCCAGACCCUCCCUAGCAGAAGAAUUUGAGAAAGCAGCACUCUUUGACUUCAACCUCACCCUGCCCAUAAUAAUGGUGGAGUUUCUGCUGCUGAUGGUUGCCUUGGACAAGAUAUGGUUCACCCCACUUGGGAAAUUCAUGGACGAGAGGGACGCGGCGAUCAGGGAGAAGCUGAGCAGCGUGAAGGACACGUCGGAGGAGGUGAAGCAGCUGGAGGAGAAGGCCAAUGCUGUCAUGGCGGCUGCUCGAGCGGAGAUUGCAGCGGCGCUGAACACCAUGAAGAAGGAGACGCAGGCUGAGGUGGAGCAGAAGAUUGCUGAGGGGAGGAAGAAAGUCGAGGCUGAGCUGCAGGAGGCUCUGUCUAGCUUGGAGAAUCAAAAGGAAGAAACCAUCAAGUCCCUUGAUUCCCAGAUUGCAGCUCUUAGCCAGGAGAUUGUUAAUAAGGUUCUUCCCACUGCUUAAUAUGUCUAUGUAAUUUUCAUUUCAAUCCCCUCACCAAAGGAUUGAUCAGUUUCUACUUUUGGAUGUGUCUAUUGUGUAAUCGUAAUAAUUUUCAAUGUAAAAUCAGAGAUUCAGGUUAUGAAUUGGGCUCCCAUUGUUUUUUUUCUUAAA